CCGGAAGUGAAUGAUAUCUACCUUGACACGUAUGUAGCUAGCCGAGCUGGCUGUGUUUUUCAGUGCUGUGUACACCGACUGCUGAAGGCCACUCACCAUGUCUGGGUUUGAGAGCUUCAACACAGACUUCUACCAGUCUCCUUACAACGUAGACGACCAGAGCCAGGGCAGUUACAGCUACAGCAAUGCAGAAGAUCCAUACAAGCAGUACGGUCAGUACGAUUACUCACAGCCGAUGGGAUACAGCGCGCCGCCGAUGAUGCAGCCUCAGCAGCCUUACACGGGACAGAUCUAUCAGCCCACGCCUGCGUUCACACCCGCCACCUCGCAGUCCAUGUACGGCAGCAGCUUUGAGGAUGAGCCACCACUGCUGGAGGAGCUGGGAAUCAAUUUCGACCACAUCUGGCAGAAGACGCUGACGGUGCUGCACCCCAUGAAGGCAGCAGAUGGCAGCAUAAUGAAUGAAACGGAUCUGACCGGUCCCAUGGUGUUCUGCCUGGCCUUCGGGGCUACGCUUCUGCUCACGGGUAAGAUCCAGUUCGGCUACGUGUACGGGAUUAGUGCCAUUGGCUGCCUGGGCAUGUACUGCCUCCUGAACCUCAUGAGCAUGACAGGCGUUUCGUUCGGCUGCGUAGCCAGCGUCCUGGGGUACUGUCUGCUACCCAUGAUUCUCCUCUCCAGCUUCGGCGUGGUCUUCUCCUUACAAGGUUUGCUGGGAAUCGUUUUAACGGCCGCCAUCAUCGGCUGGUGCAGCUUUUCCGCCUCGAAGAUCUUCAUCUCGGCUCUCGCGAUGGACGGCCAGCAGCUGCUCGUGGCUUACCCCUGCGCUCUGCUCUACGGGGUUUUUGCCCUCAUCUCCGUAUUCUGAACUUUCUCUACAGGAAACACAACACACCACCACACACACACACACACACACACACACACACACACACACACACACACACACACACACACUUACUCGUUCUCAACAGCCGCUUUGAAACACAGUGCUCAGACCAAGCCACGCUCCGGCUAAGCCGUGAACAUCCUCAGCAUUUAGCACAUUCCCUCUUUAACAUCUUUCUUUCUGUCAGCCCUGUUUAUUCCAGCAUCCCUCUUUACUCCAUAUCUUUAGUUUUAUCAUUUCAGAUUUAUUAGAUUUUUUUUUCUUCUUGUUUAGACUAAUGAAACUAAAUAAAAUGGCUCUCCAAAGGCUGAAAAUGGACCAGAGGCAUGUAUAGUGAAUUAUUAUGUGUAAUCAAACCGCAUUUCUGUCUCCUUCAGCGCAAUUGUGUCACUGUAGAACCCUUUAUUUUCUUUUCUUUUUUUUGAAAAUAAACAGUCACUGAAAUGGACAGAGCCCCGGAAACCUGAUCGUUGAAAUGUCUUGUAGUCCAGAACAAGUCACAGCUCUUAUUCUGGCACAAAUAUGAACCUCUUGUGGGUUUUUUUUUUUAUUUAAUUUUUUUUGUAUUUGCUCAUUUUUGCUGAGACAUUGCCAUAAGGUCUUUGGUUUCUUUUGCUAUUUGAAAGGCAGGUAAUAACUCUGCACAAGCGUACACUGCACUUCAGUACAAGCGUCUGGUUUUGCUCUUUGUUCGACUUUGUACAGUAAAUGUCAGGGAGCCGAGGUCACACGGCCGAGCCGCCCACGAUAUUUAUACACCAUGUCAUUUGUUUUCUUUUGUACGUCUAGGAGAGUCCAAUGGUUUUUAUCUCUUCUGUGAAAAGUCAGUUAGACAAUGGUUGAGUGUUACACUUGUGUUGUUUCACACGCCAUGUUUCCAAAAUAAAUGGGUUGAAGAUGU